AUGCAUAUUCCGUCUCUGGUCCAGCUGGCCCUUGCGGGCCUACUGUCUUCGGCUCCCGUCGCCGGUAUUGCACCCCAAGGCGGUGCGGGUGUCGCGCUCCGCUACAUUGGUGCUGCAGCAGUGCUCGCUGUCCCGGCUCUCGCGGGUCCUGCAAAGCUGGCACUGGCCGACCCCGACCAAGGGCCCCGUCCCGCCGCGCCCGACGCUGACCCGCGUCACCAUCCGGCCCCCGCCGCCGACGACGACGUCCAAGGUCACCAUCCGGCCUCCGACCCCGAGCGUGACCAUCCGGCCGCCGCCGCCGCCGCGGCCGUCAAAGUCCAAGACGACCUCGGCCGUGACCAUCCGGCCGACGCCUCCCGCCACGGCGAAGACGACGACGACGACGCAUCGCAGCUGGCCCACGCCGACUAUGAGUCGGCCCACCGGCAAGAGCCGUCCGACCCCGACUAUGAGUCUUCCUACCGGGAAGAGCCGUCCGACUCCGACCAUGAGUCGCCCCACGGGCAAGAGCCGGCCGACUCCGACGCGGCGGCCGGUCCCCACGGGCAAGUCUACCCGGCCUGCUCCGACGAGGCGUCCGACGCCCACCAUGCGGCCUUCUCCGACCAAACCCAUCGUUCCCAUCGGCACGGGCAAGAGCAUGCCUACCAGCAAGGGAACGUCCACUGGCAAGGGGCUGCCUACCCCGACCUUCAAGUCGCGCCCGACCGCUACGCUGACACUCCCUGGCACGGGGUUUCCGCCGAGGCCGACGCGGACUGGUCCUCCGCCUCGUCCGACCGGCAAGUCGACUGGUCGCCCCACUGGACCGCCGAGGCCGACAAGGACUGGUCCUUCGCCGCGUCCGACUGGCAAGUCGACAGGCAUGCCUGGCACCGGUUCCCCUCCGAGACCGACGAGGAGUGGCCCUCCACCCCGUCCGACUGGCAAGUCAACUGGCCGUACGCACAAGAUCUAAAUUCUCCACUCCCUGGCACCGGCCGUCCCCCUAGACCGACGAGAACUGGCCCUUCACCUCGGCCGACCGGCAAGUCUACUGGCCGCCCUAGCAGCCCGCCGCGGCCGCCGUUUCCUACGGGUCCUACGACUGUCGUGCCAAUCGGCACCGGGCGACCCUUGCCGACCAUAAGCCAGACCGCCCCGCCUAUUGAGGAGUGCGAUGACGAGGAGGACGAAGUUGAGGAGUAG